GAAUAGAAGUCUCUCAAAAUGGCAGAUGACCUGGACUUUGAGACAGGGGAUGCAGGGGCAUCAGCUACCUUUCCCAUGCAGUGCUCUGCCUUAUGCAAGAAUGGCUUUGUGGUGCUCAAAGGCCGGCCCUGUAAGAUAGUUGAGAUGUCCACCUCCAAGACUGGAAAGCAUGGCCAUGCCAAGGUUCAUCUGGUUGGUAUUGAUAUCUUUACUGGGAAGAGAUAUGAAGAUAUCUGCCCUUCAACCCACAACGUGGAUAUGCCCAAUAUCAAGAGAAAUGAUUUCCAGCUGAUAGGGAUUCAGGAUGGCCACCUGUCACUGCUUCAGGACAGUAGGGAGGUGAGGGGGGACCUUUGUUUACCUGAGGGUGACCUUGGCAAGGAGAUUGAGCAGAAGUAUGAUUGUGGAGAAGAGAUCCUGAUAAUGGUGCUGUCAGCCAUGACAGAGGAAGCAGCUGUUGCAAUCAAGGCCAUGGCAAAGUAACUGGCCCUCAGAGUGGUGGUGGCUGCAGCAGC